CAAGACGGCGUAGGUUCAGCUUUAUUGCAGCUACAUGAUGAUUGGAGGCCAGUAGCCUAUGCUUCGAAAGCCCUGACAGCGUCCGAGCAGCGGUACUCUCAAAUAGAAAAAGAAGCGCUCGCAUUAGUGUUCGGCUGCGAAAGAUUUCACCAUUUCGUUUAUGGCCAUUCAGUGACACUCGAAAGCGAUCAUCGUCCUCUUAUCGACAUAGCAAAAAAAGCGAUAUCAGAAAUGCCCCCACGUGUGCAGCGAUUCUUCCUUAGGCUGUUACGUUACGAUUACAUACUCACUUUUGUUCCUGGUAAACAGUUGAACCUGGCGGACAUGCUGUCGCGAUCCCCUGGUCCUGGAGACGGCACUCCAGUGGACACUACAGACGUGGACCUUCAUGCUGUCAGCAUGGUAUCAUCACUCGUUUCUGAGAGGACGUCUGGACGCCUGGCACAUGUGGACGAGCUUCGUGACCUGUCGACAACUUCCGUCGUCAAUGCACUCCGUGCCAUGUUUGCAAGAUAUGGCCUCCCGUUGCAGUUAUGCACCGACAACGGGCCACAGUUUGCCAGUCAUGAGUUUGCCCAGUUUGCCGCACGGUACGACUUCGAGCAUGUGACUUCAAGUCCGCGAUAUCUGUGCUCAAACGGAUUAGCGGAGAAAGGUGUACAGGUUGUGAAAAGGAUCCUUAAAAAGACCACGGAAGCCAACGAAGAUUUCUGGCUAGGUCUGUUAAAUUAUAGAGCAAGCCCUUUGGAAGACGGACGAUCUCCAGGCGAGUUGCUGCAGGGAAGACGUUUACGCACCCUGCUCCCAGACUUCACGCAUCAUCCAGCCAUUCAGGUGAAGAAACACAACCAGACCAUUCGAAACCAUCGACCACUGCCGCCCCUCGAACGUGACGAUGUCGUGCGUGUGAGAGGAAAAGCAUGGUCACCGAAAGCCACCGUAAUUGCGCAAGCAGGUCCACGGUCCUUCUUCGUUCGAACGGAGAACAAGAAGACAAUACGGCGAAAUAGACGCCAUCUUCUCGCAACAAAGGAAAACCCUAGUCCAGAGGUCUCAUUCAGCGACACUGACGACGAACCAGACGACGAGCAAGUUUCCUCGACGGCGUCAUCAGAAGCCGGUCGCACAGAUGGAGCAACAGAACAAAGCCCACCACCCGUGGCACUUAGGAGGUCCCAGCGACAGCCAAGACCACCCCAGCGGCUAGCGUAUGAUGCUAACUUUAAACAAAUAGGCACGCGGUGAACCACCUUCUAUCAACAUUCUUUGAGGAAGGAAGAUGUAUCGUGUCCGCACGUGUGCGCGCUUCUGCAUGCGCACAAGUUAUUGUUGAUGGAAGCCAAACCAACACCCAUGUCUUUAUCAACGAACACACCCCCUUUUCCCUCUCCCUGCAGUAGUAUAUUAACCGCAUUCAAUAAACAACGUCGUUCACUCUUCUACUGCUGUCCCGGCGUUUCACUCGGCACUUAGAUGCCGAUACAGUUUGCAGUCAUACGCAUAUGUAUUUAUUCGACAAUUGUCAAGACUCGACAUUACUUUAUUAUGAAAAUUGCACAGAAACUAGAGAAAGAGCAGAGAUGGCCCUAACGCUGCAAUAUUAUUGGCUUAUUUCGCUUCAGAGAUAGCGCACAUGAACAAUUCUUUCCGUACGCGAUAUCUUCAAUACAAACUUCGCGCACGAUCUACGUUAAGGUUCACCGUGAGCGAAGCUUGUUCCAAAUUCAGACAUUCGAAUGAAAAGCCAUUCCAGGUAAACAAACGUAAAAAAUAGGUAAACAAAUAUAUCUUUAUAACAAGUCAUGUUAUAAUCCCUAUUGGGAUUGACAGUAUGUAUAAAUAAAUAACUACUAAAUACUAAAAAUAAAAAUCUAGCACCUGGGCUGUAUCAGUUGCGCUGGCAUCUGUGAUCACUGUCGCGUGUCGGUUCGCUGCAGGUACCGCGCUGCUCGAUUGCCACGCUUAUGCUUUGACAUUUGGUUAUAAGCACACUGCACCGCACCAGAUCCAAUAAAUUUUGCAUGAUUGAGCUGUUCAGCUGCGUCGGAAGCGUAUGGCGUAACCACCGCAUAUCUACCAACCACUGACACGCGUCGUCAGGCCGCCGGCGCCUGGUUCUAAGCAUUGCCCGACAGCUACGUACGCGCCUGCUUUCGCUAAAUGAGGCAACCCUCAACCGCGAAACCUCAUGGUGAUCAGAUUCAAUCGACGAUACGGUCACAUGUGUCCAGAAAAAACAAUGAAAUAUACCGCUGAUUAGCACACCAGGUCUCGACGAAGCAGACGCGGCUGCCGCCGCUACCAACGACGAAACACCACAUCCACUGGCUGGGCUUGCUGUUGCCAUGGCACACCACACUGAGCGCUCCCGCGAGCACGUGAAACAUGUAACAAGUCAAGCCGCACAAGACAAGCGAAACGGAAGAAAACAAUCGAAAUAAUGCGCGGCGAAGAUCACACAACCGAAGUGCGGCCGGCCUGUUCUCGCAAGGCGCACAGUCCAAAAUGGUGGCAUAACAUGUUCUGACGCUAGACGUCGCCCGCGUCGGCAAAUGGCGCUGCUCAAACGUCGGUUUGUGAAAAGGUCUAUACACAGACGUGGCCGCGGCUGUACAAUCUGAGACCCCAUCUGUAACCCUUUUCAUGCAUGGUGGUCAGUGUAGGGGACCACCAUAAUUAAAAAUCGCAAAACACACAGCGUAUUUUUGCCAAUAUAGUCAGCACAAUAUAUUCCUGCGCUAUGUGUUACAUCCGAAAAAGGUUCCGUGCAAGUUCACAUACCCUUGCGCCCGUAGAAACUUUCAGGGUCCAGUGCAGGAAACGGCAUGCUGGCCUAUAAGCUUGUUGCUUGACGAUAAAAAACGCUCCCUAGACAACUA